AUGUGUAAAAUGCAAAUUGUUUGGAAUUGUCAAUCUGCAGUUUUCAAACUUCCAAAAUCUGUUACAUUAAUUUUAUUUUAUUAUAUAUACUACAGUGCUGAAAUCUUAAAUCUGCUCAUUGUGGAGUUAUUUUGA